UACCGCUUUAGAAGCCUGUCAGAGCCGGGUGGUGUGUUGUAGCUCAAAGCCUCGCUUCUCCUGAAUAUCCCACGACCUCAAGGAUAGGUUUAGGCAACCUCAAACUCAUUUCCAAGAAGAAAAGUGUCCUUUUAUUUCCACUUUGUUUCCACUUGCUCGUCGAGGGCUUGGUUUUAGGCGACUUGGACGACUCCCGACGACGUGGGUAGCAGUCUUGUUAACCUUAAAAGAAACUCUUCCUUUGAAAUAACAUUUCCGUAGCUAACGUAGUUUCGUCGCUUUUCCAGCUGUUUGAAGACAUCUAGGAAGCAACACCCUGCAGCCUCGAAAGGUUCCCGAAACACCAGCUCGUCUACUUUGGGGAAUGUUAUUACAUGAAUGUAAAACAUUACAGCUCUGGGAUGAUGUUGGUGGAGUGAGACAUUGCUCUCAAGGGGAAGACCCACAACAAAGCCAAUAAGGAAAUUUGGAUUAGGACGUUGGAAGAAGCAACUGGGAAUUCACUCAGCUGGUUGCAUUUAGUCAAGAAAAGGUGGGUCCUUGAACCCGUAAACUCUGACUGCAUUUGAACCGACAGGACAACAUAAUGGAUGGAAUAGAUACCUUACAGUCUUCCUCUCUGGAGACCAAGGCUGAGCGAAUCGCCCGCUACAAGGCAGAAAGGAGGAGGGAGCUUGCUGAACGCUAUGGCAAUAAGGAGGAAUUCACCUCAAAAUAUGUCCGUAGGGACAAGAAAAUUGGUGACUCAUCAGAAACUGUCUCUUCAGUGACCAAGGAGAAGGAAAAGAAUGAGGAUAAUGCAUCAGAGCAGACAUAUACUCGGAGGGGCCUCAGGAAUAAAACUGCAGAACCUGAUAGUGAGUCCUGCCAGGACACAGGGGACUCCAUUCAAUCUAAAACAGACACAGUUUCAUCUUUGAAAUCAGAGUCUGCCUCCACCAUAAAGAUCUCCUCUCAUCUCAGGCUGCUGGAAACUGAGGACUUGGAGGAGCCAAAGGUUGACAGGAAGCCUGCUGACCCAGCCAAGAGGAGUGUUGCUUCCAAGAUGUCUCUUUUUACGGAGCUGGACAAGACAGAGGAGAGAAGCAGCAGUCACUGUGCCAGCAACAGGGCAAAUCGUCAGCCAAGCACCAGUGAGGAGGAAGGCGCUCCGACCAGCCUUUCCAAGAGUUCUUUAUGGGAGGAGAUGGAAAACAAGGAAACCACAGAUGAGCCAUUAUGGAAGGAGCAGUAUGAACAUGAACAUGAACAUGAACAUGCCACCUCUCUGGAGGAAGAGGAGAUCUCCAGUCGUCUCUCUGACAAAGCUCUCCUCCUCAGCAAGAACAGAGAGUCCUCUCCCCCUGCCUCCCCGCCAAGCCACCCUGCCUUGCUGCAGCGCCAAGACUCGGGGCCUCGUGGCAUCAAGGGAAUCCUCAAGAAAAGCCGCUCCACCAGUGUCGGGUCAGACCACAGUGAGGGCUCAACACAUGAGAGCGCACCAGCCCGACAAAGCAGCGUCACCCUCAGCCACCCUGAGAGCGAGGAGGAGGUAGAGGAGGAGGAGGAUGAGGGAGAAGAAGAAGAAGAAGAGGAGGAGGAAUUCUGGGAAGAGUAUGAAGAUGACAAGGAUAGCCCUGAUGGAGUGUGCUUCAGCAGUCCUAGACAACAAAGGGAGGGCAGCAGCAGUAGCAGUAGAGGGAGUUUGGAAGAGGAGCGGAGCCCCUCGCCUGAUGAGAGCUUGGAGGAAACUGCCUCGCUGGAGAAGACCCCCGCUGUGUCUGAGGAUGGGGAGGAGCUGGAGAGCAGCCUGGAAGAAAGCCUGGGCUCAUCAUUAAACCAGAGACUGGCGGAGUUGACCAGUGGAGAGGAGAACUGGAGGAGCAAGCUGAAGACGCCCAAGCCCACUGAAGUGGUCCACAAGUCUUUGGCUGAACGCCUCAGCCAUCUCCAAGAUUCUGAAAAUGCCUGGAAAAAGAAGAAGUCCAGUUCAGAUGUUGGGACCAAUAUGUCCUUGGCAGAGAGGAUGAAGAUCCUGCAGGAGAAAGAGGAGCAGUGGAAGAAUAAAGGCAAAGGAGCAGCCAAUGAUUCCUCCCAGUUCACUGUAGCUGGACGAAUGGCCAAGAGAGGUCUUGUGUCAGAUACAGGGAGAGAAGAGUCUCCUGUCAUCCAUCUCAAAAAGUCCUCUGCCACACCUGUCAAGCCACAUGAAGAAAUCUCUAGUAGAACUGAUGUCAAGGUGGAAGGAGAUAAGCGGCUUGACAAGCUGGAAUCUUUCCUAGACAAGCUCCACAAUAAAGGCGUGGGCAAGAGCAGGACGUCCACCAUUGAAGUGACGGCAGAGAUGGAAAAAGAAGUGAUGACUCUGGAUGAUGAGGAGACAUUCGGCAGCUUCUAUAAAUCUGUCUUGCCCUCGGCACUCAGUUCCAGUGUGGUUAUAAACGAGGAUGACCUCAGCCAGAUUCAGGCCAAUACGCCAAAGCUCAUCUCAGCCGUAGCAGAACACAAGCGGUCAGUGCGGCCAGUCAGAAGGAAUCAGGGCUCCCGAAACCCUCUGCGGGCCCUGGCUGCCCGCAACGACAUCCGCCAGGUCUACACUGAACAGAGGCUCAACGUGGCCUCUGUGGAGACUAAGAGGAUCCAAGUGGAGAGGAUGGCAAAGCACUCCAACUUAGCCGACGUGGCCUUAGCGGGUCUUGCCAGCAAGGAGAACUUCCGCAAGGUCAGCCUGCGCAGCGCGAAGUCCACCGAAGUUGUGACUAACAAUAGCGCCCUGCCCUUCCACAAGCUCAUGCUUAUUCGCAUCAAAGGUCGGAGGCAUGUCCAGGUGCGGCUGGUCGAGCCCAAGGCCAGCUCUCUGAACAGUGGCGACUGCUUCCUUCUCAUCGCACCCAAGCAUUGCUUCAUGUGGAGUGGAGAGUUUGCCAAUGUCAUUGAGAGAGCUAAGGCAUCGGAGAUGGCAUCGUUUGUGCAGACGAAGAGGGACCUGGGCUGUAAGGCCCCCCAGGUGACUGUCCUGGAGGAGGGUGUCAACGCUGAGAGCAGAUGGGCCAAGGAGUUCUGGAGCCUGCUGGGAGGCAAGACCCAGUACAGAGGUGCAGGGGAGCCAGAGGAAGAUGAGCUGUAUGAGAGUGGGGUUGUAGACUCCAAUGGGGUGUACAGGCUCCAGGGAGACAAAUUGGUGCCUCACGAGGACGCCUGGGCAUCCAUCCCAAGUGUCUCCUUGCUCAACUCUAAAGAGGUCUUAGUGUUUGACUUUGGUGGUGAAGUGUAUGUAUGGCAUGGGAAAGACGUGCCCUUGGCCGACAGGAAGGUGGCCGUCAAACUGGGCAAGCAGCUCUACAGUGGCAGCUACGACUACAGCAACUGCAGGGUCAACCCCCUUGACACCUCUUCCACCAAUGGGGACGUCCCAAAGCAGGGGGAGGGCCGUCCGAGCUGGGCUCUGUUUGGCAGACUGUCAGAGCAUAAUGAGACAUCCCUGUUCAGAGAGAAGUUCCUGGACUGGGCUGAGAGGAAGAAGGAGGAGGCAGCCCAGGCCGAGGAAGUAAAGAGUCCAGUCCAUUCCAGCCCUCGACCACCACCUGACAUGGAGCUCCAGCCCUGUGACGCCAAGGCCCUGCUGGACAAUGAGCCUGACCCAGUGAAGACCAUGCUUGAGGGCGUGAAUGUCCAGCGGGGCUACGGCCUGGUGCGGAAUGAGGAUGGAAGGCAGGCGGAGCUGGCCACGGUGGCUGUGGACGCCUGGCACAUCAAAGAGCACGGGGAAGAGGAAAUGGCAAAAGAGAGUCUGGGCCAACUACAUGACGGCGACGCCUACAUCAUCCGCUGGAAGUACUCGGUCACCACAGUUGUCGGGAAGCGCCAGAAACCCGGGGAGCUGAGUGUUGGCGCUGCUGGGAGGGAGAGGACUGCUUGUUUCUUCUGGCAGGGCCGUCACUCCAGCAUCAGUGAGAAGGGAACCUCGGCUCUCAUGACAGUGGAGUUGGGCAGCCACAGGGGGGCACAGGUGCUGGUGACUCAGGGGAAGGAGCCUCCGUGCUUCCUCCAGCUCUUUCAGGGAGGUCUGGUUAUCCACAGGGGCAGUAGAGAGGAAAGUGCCAACACGGGUGGCUGGCGGCUGUUCUGUGUGCGUGGUGAGGCAGCGGUGGAGGCCUCUCUGGUGGAGGUGGACUGCUCCUCGGCCAGCCUGCGUUCCCGGUCCAGCAUGGUGCUGCUGAAUGCUCAGAAAGGCCGGGUCUACCUGUGGCACGGCUGCAAGGUUCAGACCAGUGCUAAGCAGGUGGCCACCAGGGCUGUGGAGAAACUCAGCCAGGGGUGCCCUCCAGAAUUGGGUCUGCGCAGCACCAACAGCGUGAAAGUGGAGGAGGUGGAAGAAGGGGCGGAGCCAUCAGAAUUCAUGAAGGCUCUGGGUCAGCAGGACAGGAAGGCCUAUGACUGCAUGCUGAAAGACCCAGGAAAGUACAACUACACACCCAGAUUAUUCCGGCUGGGUGCCAGCUCGGGGGUGUUUGAGGGGGAGGAGCAGCUGAGUCCUGCCAGGGUGACAGAGGGAGUCAUGGCCAUGCCCUUCCUUCAGGAGAACCUCUACUCUGCACAACAGCCAGCCCUGUUCCUGUUGGAUAACCGUAUGGAGGUGUACCUGUGGCAGGGUCAGCAGCCUGACGACGCCCAGUGCACCGGCUCAGCAAAGAUACGCUGGGACAACCAGAGGAAGUGUGCCAUGGAGACUGUGCUGCACUACUGCAAAGAGAAGAACCCUCGGCGCCCCCCACAAGCCUACCUGGUCCUAGCAGGCUGUGAGCCGCUCACCUUCACCAACAUCUUCCCAUACUGGGAGAAAGACCCGGCCAUCACUGCACAGGCAGAGGGCUCAAAGAACAAGGUGACCUUAGUGAAGGAGGCGCUGUCUAAGCUCAGUAAGCAGCAGUAUUCCAUCGAGGAGCUGACCAGAAAGCCACUCCCAGACGGGGUAGACCCUCUGCGGCUGGAGGAUUACCUCUCUGACCAGGACUUCAAGAGGCUUCUGGAGAUGAGUCGAGUGGAGUUCAACGCCCUGCCAAACUGGAAGCAGAAGAACCUGAAGAAGAGCAAGGGCCUGUUUUAAAAGACGUCUUCUUCUACACAAACCAAAUAAAAUAACCUUUGUUUUUAUGCCCGGGGCACCUUUUCUUACUUUUUUUUUUUUUUUUUUUU